CAACUGUCUCUAGAGACAGCUGGUUCACUCCUUUCCAACUGUUUCCCACCAGACCAUGAAUGCGCAACCCAAGUCGGGCCUGGCCCUGGCGGCCCGCUAUGCCAUUCCCUUCGUGCUGCUGGUCUUCCCCAUCUGGCUGACGCAGAUCAACGCCGUCGUCCCCGACCCGUAUCUGGACGAGGCCUUCCACGUCCCCCAGGCCCAGGCCUACUGGGCUGGCCGCUGGACGCACUGGGAUCCCAAGCUCACCACCCCCCCGGGCCUGUAUCUCUGGUCCUAUGUGCUCUGUGUCGCCGCCCUCUUCCUGCGCGGCUCCCCCACGGCCCUCACCCCGGAAGCUCUCCGCGCCACCAACGUGGCCGCCGCCGCCGUCGCGCUGCCCCUGCGACUGCAGACCUUGCUGGACAGCUUGCGCAAGAAACGCAACACCCGACCGUCCGGCGCCUGGCUGAGCCACACCGUGCUGAACAUCUGUCUCUUCCCCCCGCUGUUCUUCUUCUCCGGCCUGUAUUACACCGAUAUCCUGGCGCUGCUGGUGGUCAUUGAGGCGUACAACUGGGACUUGAAGCGCUCGGCGCAGGGUGGGCUCGCUCCGCUGCAGACUGCGGUGUUUGUUGUGCUGGGUCUGGCUGCGCUGGCUUUUCGUCAGACAAACAUCUUCUGGGUGUCGAUCUUUCUGGGCGGAUUGCAGGUCGUUCGGCAGUUGCGCCGCAAUUCCAAGAAGUGCGGAGCGUCGGGCUUGGCGGAUGUCGCGAAGGCCGCGUGGCAGAAUGAGCUGUAUGAUCCGUUUGUGUCGGAGGCUUCGUUUGCAGACUACUUCAAGACCGCCGUGUCGCUGGUCAUGGUUGCGGUGAACAACCUCGGGACCGUGAUGGGGUCCGCGAUCCCGUAUCUUCUCAUACUGGCAGGAUUUGGGGCAUUUGUGGUGUGGAAUGAUGGCGUCGUUUUGGGACAUAAGGAGUUCCACACUGCGGGCUUACAUCUGCCGCAGAUGCUGUACAUCUGGCCUUACAUCGUGUUCUUCUCGUGGCCCAUCCUCCUCUCGCCGGUCAUCAACAUGGCCCUGCCGAAGUCUCUCGUGCCCAAGUUCAUUGACUACGGCUUCCCGAAGAAGCAGACGGGUCUCCCCGCGCUGUUGACGGCGCUGGCUGUCAUCCCGAUGAUGCUGGCCGUGGUGCAUUUCAACACCAUCGUCCACCCGUUCACCCUGGCCGACAACCGCCACUAUGUGUUCUAUGUCUUCCGCAUCUUGCUGCGCAUCCACCCGGCCAUCAAGUACGCCGCGGUCGUGGUCUACUUCCUGUGCGCGUGGAUGGUCCUCUCCGCCUUUGGAUUCUCCACCGUGGUCACAGCCCCCCAGCUGGGGCGUGUUCCGCAGACCACCGAACCCGAGGAGAAGACAGCGCCGAAAGAGCCCAGUUCGAAGAAGGAAGCCAGUAGUUCGAAGAAGGCAGACCGCAAGAAGGCCUCCCAGCCCCAGCCCCAGCCCCCGAAGCCGGAGCCGAUCUCCUUCGAAGCGUUCGCCCGGAUCCAGGAGCACAUCGUGCAGCGCCAGAAGCAGCACCAGGGCAUGCCGCAGGUCAGCUUCGUGCUGGUCUGGCUGGCGGCCACGGCGCUCUCGCUGAUCACCGCGCCCCUUGUCGAGCCGCGCUACUUCAUCAUCCCGUGGGUGAUGUGGCGUCUUCACCUGCCGCCGCAGCCCACGCCGCUGGUGCACCGACAGCGCCCUCGCGAUGCGACUGCGGAGUUGAACGCGAAGGUUGCCACCAACAUGGCGCUGUUUCUGGAGACAUACUGGUUCCUGGUGAUCAAUGCGGUGACCGGGUACGUCUUCCUGUACUGUGGGUUCGAGUGGCCUCAGGAACCGGGCAAGAUUCAGCGGUUCAUGUGGUGAUAUCAGGAUUAUCUUAGUGUAGUGGAUUGUAGUGUAGUGUAUAUUGUGUAUUAUUAGGUGUACAUUAGUG